UGGAGAAUAUAAAACAACCAGGAGAAACAGACAGACAGAAAGAAGAUAUAUUUAAAUAACUGUGUUUGCUGUGCUUCAAAAACCUCUUUUCACUGAACAAACAAUGAGAUGCUGCUGAAAUGAAAUCAUUGUUGUUUUCUUGUUAGAUGUACAAUUUGCCAGUCUUGCUAAUUUAAAGAAGAGAAACCGAAACUUGUGCCACAGUCACCAUGUGGCACUCUCGAAAUGCUUUUAAAUCUCACACGACAUGCAGCGUGCAGUGACAAAAUCUGUUUUUACGCUUAUCUGAAUGGGUGUUCACAUCACAGCAGUGUGAUCACAGCAAACAUGCGUAAUUCAUCAGGUGUCCAGGCAGCGCUGUGAAACGCGUCGUGCGCUCUCUCGUGGAUUUUCCUGGACAUUAUUGUGCUCAGUUCCAGAAGGAAACCGAAGCUUUCGGGAACACGUAUGGGGCAGUGCAGUGUCCACUCGCCUGGCACCUGUUGCUGGCUUGUUAUUUUUUUUUAGUGCUGGCCUGUUGAGGAUUUAAGCGCUCACAUUCCAUCGGGAUCAUGUCGGAGGAACAAACUGACUCCAGUUUGUCCUCCAGUGGCUCCUAUUUUAACAAUGCCUCAACUAGAGUCCAGAGCAGCUUCGUGUUUUCAGGACCCAUGUUUGUCAUUUUGAUGGUGAUGAUGGUGACUUUGGUUGUUGUGAUAGUUUUGGGCAACGCGCUGGUGAUUUUGGCUUUUAAAGUGGACAAGAGUUUGAGGAGACAGUGCAAUUACUACUUCUUGAAUUUGGCAAUAUCAGACUUCCUCGUAGGGGCGUUCUGCAUCCCCGUCUACAUCCCCUACAUCCUCACAGGCAGGUGGACGCUGGGCCGAGGACUCUGCAAGCUGUGGCUGGUCAUGGACUACCUGCUUUGUUCUGCAUCAGUCUUCAACAUUGUUCUCAUCAGCUACGACCGUUUCCUGUCGGUCACCAGAGCAGUGAGUUACCGUGCCAGACAGAGCAUGACUCAUCAAGCCAUAAUCAAGAUGAUUGCGGUCUGGGUGCUAGCCUUUGUCCUGUACGGCCCCGCUAUCAUAUUCUGGGAGCUGGCGGUGGGCAGAAGCCGCGUUCCAAAGGAUGAGUGCUUCGCAGAGUUCUAUUACUCCUGGUACUUCCUGCUGAGUGCCUCUAUGCUGGAGUUUUUUUCUCCUUUCAUCUCUGUGGCUUUCUUCAACCUCAGCAUUUACCUCAGUAUACGCAGGAGGAGGCUCCACAGCAGGGACGCCCAGCUCCACCUUCAAGUGAGUGAACCUGCCUCUGCUCAGGGGGAAGGUAUCCCCCUGUCCCACAACUGGGGGUUUGGGAUGAAACUGGCUGUAAGAGGCUCUAUUCACUCCCAGAGCUCCUCUCCUAGUUUGGGUAAACUAGAUCCCUCAACCAGCAGGGCUGCCCUGCCUAGCCGUCUGUCCAGGGAUAAGAAAAUUGCUAAGUCCCUGGCUAUAAUAGUAUGUGUGUUUGCCAUCUGCUGGGCACCGUACACCCUACUGAUGAUCAUCCGUGCUGCCUGCAGAGGGCGAUGCAUCCAGCAUCACUGGUACGAGGUCACCUUCUGGCUCCUGUGGCUCAACUCGGCUGUUAACCCAUUCCUGUACCCGCUGUGCCACAGUAGCUUCCGCAGGGCCUUUAGCAAGAUUCUGUGCCCAAAGCAGCAUACGACUCCCCCAUCAUCUGUCCUGCGUACUGGCCAGUGAUGAGCAGAUUCCCAUGGAUGGAAAGAGAUGCACAGUGUGCCAAAACUAUGGAUGGAAAUAUUCAAACUCUAACCCAUGGGCAGUAGAAACUAAUUUGUGCACUACAGUUUGUCAUAUAGACCAUAAUUAGUAGUUCUUAGUUGUGCUUUUCAAUGUUUGGAUGUAUAGGGUUUGGACUGCACAGCAUAAUGUAAUUUACUACCUUUAAGUUCAUUACAUUCAGCUAAAAGGCAAACACCAACAGAAGUAUUAUCAUAAUUAAUAUAAUAGAACACACUGGAGAGAAACAGCAAGUUUAACUAAGGCAUGUCAGAGAAAAGCACAACAGCCAGAAAUAAAGCAGACUUUUCUUCAGGCCUGUUGUCAAAUAUCAUGUAGGCAAUAUAAAAAUAAGAUUAAUUACUGUAUCUAGGAUUGAUUAUGGUCAAGAAAUGUAUUUUUCCUUGACUGACUGGCACGUUUAAUGUCCUCUUAGAUGUCCUUAACGAGUGUCAAACAGGCUAAAUAGCAAACUGUGGGUAGUUUAGGUUGUCUAGGUCUUUAUAUGAAGCAGCGUAUAUCUUGAAUUUCCAUAUAUAUAGUCAUAAAUGUGUUGUCCACACUGUGGCGUCCUCGAUUCAGCUGAGAAAAACAGAUCGCUAUCACCCUCUGCUGUCAGAAAGUUUACCACUCUUAUGAUAACAGAAGCACAGUGAUGAAAACACAAAGUGCCAUUACAUUGUAGUAGGAAAGUGUAAAUUGAGAUGCGCUGUCAAACCUUAUUCUGUCUCUUUUCGGGGCAUGUUGUCAUAGAUUUAGAAUGAACUACAUUUCUGCACACUUUGAGUACAUUAUGUUCACAUUUGAUUCUCUAUAAAAACAUGAUUUCUUUGCCACAAUCUUCAAAAAUGCAAACAAAAAGGAGCAUUAUUGUUGUAUUUAAACUAUUUAUUAAUUACUAUUACUAUUAUUAGUCAUUCAUUAUAUGUUAUCCAGUGAUUUAAAGACUUACAGUAACCCGCUGAUUGUAAGAUGUUUCAUUUAUUUCGCGGAAACGUGUUUGACUUUGUAUUAGAAAAGGAAGCCACCUGUUCAACAAUUGUGCCAAGUUACCAUUUUACUGUGAUGACCAGGCGCAUGUGUCCUCAUGUGCCACUAGAUGUCACCAUUAACCUUUAAAGUUUCUUGUGCUGCGCUUCAUAAACUGAAGUCAGCCUCUGAGAUACAUGGUUUACAUCGACUGUUGUACUUUAUUAUAUCUGUGUGGAUUUUCUGUGAAAUGUAUGGUUUAUGUUUGCACCAGAACCCUGAAUGCUUUGAGUUGCUAUUGAGAAAUGUAGCCUGUUAGUCACUGAUCUAUAAAACUGAUGGCGCUCUUUUUGCGUUUAUUCACAUUCUGUUGUUUCACUGCACUUAUUGUCACUUAAUGAUUUUAAAACUUGAAGACUAACAGUGAAUCGUAUGCUUUCUCACAUGAUAAAUGCUGUCCUUGUGUGAUGCUGUUGAAUUCUAGGAAUUUGUGCAAUUGGAAUAUUACUGUUAUUAGUAGCGGCCCAGAUGUUAUUUGCUUGGCUCAGAGAAAAGGUACAUUUUUCUUUUUUAAAUCUGUGUGUUUUAAGUGAUUAAAAGUUAGAUUUUUU